CCUGCUGCCAAAUCCUGCACUACUGAGUCAACAGCUCGAAGGGGAAAAUACGCUCGCGCUUCUGUUUUUUUUUCUUCUCUAUAGGGAUGGUGGGAGCGUGAGGAGAUGCAGAGCAUGCACGAGAUGCAGAAGAUGCGCGAGAUGCAGAAGAUAAAAAAGAUGCGCGAGAUGAAAAAGAUGCAGCACUGUCCAGUAGCCUUUGAUCUGGGAGUGUGAGGAAGCUGGAACGGUCGCCGUCUGAAGAAGGCCAAAUGGCCAACAAUAGCAACGCUGUGACGAAGAGGAUCCGGACGGAGUACAUGAAGAAGUUCCGGGAUCCGAAGUGGGAGACCUUCUCUAAAUGUUACGAGGACUCGGUAAAGUACCGGCUGACCCGCCGGCUGCUGGAGCAGACCCACAGGCCCCUGUUCGGAGAGGGCUGGGACAGCGGCUCCGACUCCAGCGGCCGGUCCAGCCCUAAACUACGAGGACAGGGGGAUUCCUCCGACUCUAAACCACACACAUCCUCCUCCGAGCCUAGAACCGAGAACACAGCUGCGCAGGAACCACUGGAACCGCAGGUGAACGGGGAGGUGCACACGGACUCCACAGCUGUUUCUGCAACGGAACAGUCCCAGCCUGUAGAGAACGGUUACCACCCUGUUACGGAGAACGGGCCGUCGGAGUCUGUGCCGAGGCGGAGUCAGAGGCAACGGGCUCCUCGCUCUGAGCCCAGCUUUCCUCGCCGUGAGCUGGACACUGACGAGUCCACAGACUCCGUGCUGAUAAAACCCAUCAGAGCCAAGAGCCAGCCGCCAUCCAGCGCCAAGGACCGGACCUCCAACCGGGACAACAGACGCUCCUUUAUCCGUCACGACUGGGCCGAAAGGAACAUGGAGACACGUGAGCGCAGGAGGCCCAACAUGAGAGCCUCGGUAUCCGCUGGAGAGAUCCACAGAGCCGACGUUGGUGUUCAGACACGACGGGAGGCAGACAAACGCGCAAAAACCUCAGAUCGUCGGAGAGCGAGGUCAGCUGACCUGGAGAAAUCGCGCCGGCCGCUGACGGUGGUGGACGACCGCUGGAUGACGGAGUACAUGCGCUGCUUCUCGGCCAGGCUGAGGUAGAAGCAGAGAGAGGACCAAACUCCUGAUCCAGGAUCAGAAUCGAGAUGAUGGAGCUUAGAGAAACGGUUCACCAUUUUUUCAAAAAUGUAAUUGAUACUAAUUUAGAUUGUUUGGCCUGUGUGUUCAGUCUUCAAUCUAAAACAUUUUUUAAUCCUUUAAAACCUGAACCAUCACAUUCUAGUUCUAAGAUGACUUUUAUUUUGAUAUAGUAUGUCCUAUUGGAUACAUCGGGUAUUAUAAACUAAAGUAAAUUGUUUUAUCUUUUAAACUUAGAAAUUGGUAUUGGUGCUCUGGUGCAUGCAGUGCACAGAUAGUCCACUAGAGCGUUACAGAUUAAAUGCAACUUUAGAAACAAGAUACAGAUUAGAAACAAUUAGCUUUAUUUAUUUAUUAAUUAUAGAUUAUUGUAUAUAUUAUUGUAUAUAUUAUUUAAUAUGGUUGUUCAGUAGUAUUAAUCACACUAUUUGUUAUUUAACAAAUUGAUAUUGUAGAGGUCUCAAAAACUCAUUGUCAAUAUAAUAGUUGCACCUAGAAAGAAUUAACUGAUUUGAACAAGGCUGUUAUGUAGUGAACCAGAAUUAUAAUUUUUUGGUCAUGCAUUUUGUAUGGUGUCAUAGUCUGGGAACACAUUUGGGACCCUAUUUUAGUGAUCUGUGGCGCCCCAAACGAUUGCGGUGUGUCUUUGGUAUCUUGAGGGCACCAAAAAAUACACCUUGCACAGCCUGAAAUGUGCUAAAGGCAUGAACUAAUUCUCUUAAUUAAUCAUACGUGUGGUUAAUUUUGGGCGUAACAUGAAAUAAACCAAUCGGCGUGUCAUUUAUCAUUCCCUUUUUAUUCAGAGCCAGGUGAGCUCUGACUUUGGCACGUUGGUAUUUUAACAUCGAGGCACUUUGCUUUUGCAUGUCUCAGCAGAGACUGAUACUGAGCUGCUCGUUCACGCUGUAAAAAUACAGCAGCACAUUUAAGGGAACAGUAAUAUUAUUUUAUUAUUUAUUCUGUUUAUUGUUUAGUUAAAAUUCAGGUUUGUGCUGGAAGCACCUAUAGGAAUGGACUCUGACUGUUGUCAGGGUUUUAAUCAGUCAGUGGAGCUGCUGUGUUUUUUGCCGCCAAAAUUUAUAGAAACACACCAGAAAUUUACCUGAACACUCCUCACCUCCAGAGGAGUCUGUCCUCUGUCUGCUUAAAGUCGUCCCACCAGCCCAACGAAGGUACAGUAUCCCUUACAUUUUAAAACAGGUUUACAAAAGAUCUAAAAUAACCACAUGUGAACCACUUACACGCUACAAUUAGAUUAUCAGAAUCUGAAAUGUUGUGGACAUUCCUACAUAUGUCAUUCUUUUAAUACAGCCAAAUUAAAAACCCUUUUCUAGAUAUUUUAAAAAGUUAAGAUUUCAUGUCUUUUUGGCAUAAAAGCACUCUUUUUAAUAUAAUAUAUUUUUUAUUUAUUUAAUAGAUUUAAAAUUGAACAAAGGGUGCACAAAUUCUGCAAAAUGACUGUUGGUGACCUAAAAAUAGUAUUAUGAGCUUUUACUAAACGGACAUGGACCAGAUAUAUUUCAUCAGUAAAAAUUAGUCCUAAGGGGCCUACACAAUUAAUAAUCUUUAAUUAAUACUUCUUUCUUUUGUUUACUCAACCCCUGAUCAGUUCAGUUCAUUUCGGUCCUCUCCACAUUUCUAGUUCAGCUGAGUCACAAGCUGUAAUUCUUUUAUUUUUAAAGGUUUAAUCUGUGUGUUUUAUUUCAGAGACGAGUAUUUUUUAGCAGCUAUCAGAAAAAUCUCAUCACAGUUUACAUGAUUAGCCUACCGUUACCUUUCUUUUAGAAAAAUCGCUGAAUAUCCAGAUAUGUUUUAACAUCAUCUGCUCCGACUAGCUGCUUGAACUCACAGCGACGGGGGGCUUCCCCACACUGACCCUCCUUUGCAAGCUGAUUGGCUGUUUCUCCUGAAAGGCGGUACUUGCUCCUUGAACCGGCUCCACGAUUGGUUAAAAGACUCAGAGCGGUCAGUGCCCUGUCUCCUCAAUAAUAUAUAUUUUUUUAUUUAAUAUAAUACGGGACAUUUACGGGAAAAUACUAAUACGGGAGGACGGCGGGAAAGAGGAGUAAAAUACGGUAGUUUCCCGGUCAAAAUGGGAGACUUGACAGGUAUGCUGUUGAUGGGGUGUAAGAUAGCAGUGAGCAUUACGUUACUGAGGUCCUGCAACCAGUGGCUCUACCUUUUCUGAACUACUGUUUCAGCAUGCGUUACACUCUACUUCUGCAUGUUUAGCUCAAUAAAUAAAACCAAGAAUUCCCAUAUUUUUAAUAAUUUAUUGUUUCUAAUAACUUUUAUCUUUCUUCUAAAUAGCAUUACAAUCUUAUCCUUCCUUCUGGGUGCAACUAUUUCUUUAACGAUGGGUUUGUAUAAUAAAUAUGAUGCAUACUUUGCUUUAAAGGCUUUAAAGGGUUAAAAAACAAGAGAAAAGUGGUAAAAUUGCAUAAAUAUUUUUGGCUGGACAAAUAUAGCACUUCUAAAUUUCACUGUUGCUUAGUUACCGCUGUUGGCAUCAGUACUGCACAACAGUUGGCUUUGUGAAGCGAUCCAAGAUUUUGAGCCAAAUUUAGCCGAAUAGACUUCUAUUGUGUUUUUAACACCCUGAAACCCCAGAGUAUAAACACUUAUAUAAAAGACUUUUAUUUUGAAUUUUUUUGAAAAAGUGGUGAACCUCCCCUGUGAAAAGGGGCGGGUACGAGAUUACGGGUUGCAGGCACAGAUCCAAAACCAGCACUAGAGGACAUUUUUUACUUUGAGGUCAAAGGACAGUCAUUGUAGGAUAUAGAGACAGUGUGUCCGUACCUGCGCAUCUUCAUCUGCAUUCCAUUUACAUAUGAUGUAACUAACGAAAGAAAAGAAAAAGAGAGGCUAAAGAACGUGUGAGAACGUGUUCCAGACUCUUUAAACCACGUUUUAAUUUCGUAAUUUAGCCGUUUUCACCUUUUGUUUCUUUCAAAACUCUUACAGAGUCUUAUUAUCACAAGCCCUUUGAGAAUUUCUACACACAGGGAUGCUAACAUGGCUAAAUUCAAAUGAAAACAAAUGGACUUCAGUUAGCAUGAUGCUAAUAGAGAGCCAGAUUACCAUUUUUCAAUGAAAUAUCUCAGAUAGUAGCUGGUUUCAGAUGGUCUAAGCUGGUUUUUGAUGGUCAAUAUGGAUUUAAAAAAAGCUAGUAAUCAAGUGAAAUACAUACCCCCAGCUUCAGUUAGCAAGAUGCUAACUAGACAGCUGCAAUAGAAAAACUAGACAGUGUUUUUGGCUAAAAAAAACUAAUUUCAGAUGGUCUAAGCUGGUCUUUUGUUGGUUAAGGUGCUUGAAAAGCUGGUUAUACAAUCAAAAACAUAUCCUACAGUUAGCAUCAUGCUAAUAGGACGUCACUUUAGCAUUUCUUUGAGUGAAAUAUCUCAGCUAUACUGUUUUAAGCUGAACAAAAAAAAAUCAUGAAGGAAAAUGAAUGGUAUUCAGUUAGCAUAAUGCUAAUGCACAGCUAUAUUAGCAUUUUUUUGGGUGAAGAAUUCAUGCUAAACAGUUACUGUUGCUAGUAAUUGUUUUUUUUAGAUGGUAUAAGUUGGUCUCUUGAUGGUCACGAUGGUUGAGAAGCUGUACAUCAUGAAUUAACUGCAGUUGGAAUAAUGCUAAUAGGAAGAUAUGUUUGCUUUUUGUGUGACAAAAAUGAAUCCCUGCUAAAAACAUAUCUUGUACUUGUAAGCUAUAAACGAAUAGAAAUAAUGGACUUCUGUUAGCAAAAAAAAGAAAAUUGCUUAUACUGGCAAGCUAAAACAAAUGCAAAUGAAUGGACUUCAGUUAGCAUAAUGCUAAUGUCUAGUUUUGCCAGUAAAGGAUUUUAAAUUGUCUAAAUAGAUUUUUAAGUUGUUUCCAGUUGUCUUAAGUUGGUCUUUUGAUGGUCACAGUGGUUGGAAAGCUGGACAUCCCUGUAUUGUUAAGCUAAAAACAUGGAUUUUGUUAGCAUAACGCUAAUGGCAUUCACAUUAGCAGUAGCUUUUUUGUGUUAAAAAAUCCCAGAUAAAAAGACUAGCUCUUGAGUUUAGAUGCUGGUUGCACAGGUGAAAAACAUAAACUAUACUUGUAAGAUAAUAAUGACUGAAAAUGAAUGGAUUUUUGUUAGCAUGAUGCUAAUGGGAAGUAGCAAUUUUGUGAGAAAAUCCUUGCAGACAAAAUAAGCCCAAAACUUGCUUUUGCAGGUAACUAGUUCUAAAUUGGUCUAAAUUGGUCUUUUGAGUACAAUGGUUGGAAAGCUGGCCAUCCCUGUAUUGGUAGGCUAAGUAAAUUGACUUUUGUUAGCAUAAUGCUAAUGGACAUUCACAAUUACUCUUAAUUUCAGAUGGUCAAGGUUGUAAGAAAGCUGGUUAUCCCUAUACUUGUAAGCUAAAAAUGAAUAUAAACAAAUGGACUUCAGUUAGCAUAAUGCUAACAAAAAUCUUGGUCAGGUUGUUAUCGUACUCAUGUAGACCAGCUAAACCAAUCAAACCCAGUCAAAAACCAACCCUAUGCUGGUAAACAUCCAAAUUUGUCAAACAGCUCCAACAGCCUGAGAUAUCCAUGCUGUUUUUUUUUACCAUCAAAAUUAAUCAAAAUAAAAGACAACACUUUUUGACACGAAACAUUAGGAUAUAUCUUCUUUUCGUAAAUGAAUUAAUGAUUAAUUUUAUACGAUUCUAUGAUUCACUCAUUUGUUUCGAUGGUCUUUUCGAUGGUUUGCUGUGCUGUAUGUUUGAUGGAAUUAUCUGAAUGUUUUAAAACUGUUUUUAUUCCACUUUUUGAACUUAGCCUUUAAUAUUUAAGUGGACCAAACCUCACUGAGAUGAAGCAGCUGCUGAACCAAAUUCAGGCACUGCUUCUGACACUGUUUACCUUCUCGAAUGUAAUUUAGGAUCUUGUGAUUUAAAACAGCCUAAGACCAAUUUAAAAUGUGAUACGAGUCUUUUUUUAACCUUAAGUUACAGUCAUGCAAAAGAUGCAAAAGUUUUGGCAACCUUAAUAAAAUGGCAGAGAGAGUAUUGUUGAUGGGACCCAAUUCUACACAUUUCAGUACUGAACUUAAUGGUAUUUGUAAGGCAUAAAAUGUGGCAUGUACACAGGUUAUGGUUCUUAAUAGUAUUUCAAAAAGGUUUAUUUUAUGUUUUAUUUCUUUCUAAAAUGAAAUUUCAAAAUAAAAGUUCAGAAAAUAAAAAUUCUGACAAAACAUGCAGUAAAAAAAAUCAUAUUUAUUUAUUUAUUCUCUGUAGUGAAUUUGUAAAAAAAAUUAUAAUAACAGAACAAUAGCCACUAAGUAGAUUUUGUUUCAAACAUACAAAUAUUAAUUAUGUAUUAAGUAUGUAAACACGUCUGAAACUGACAGAAAUUGACAGUUCAAUGCAUCAAAAAUAUUUUAAAAUAACAAAAAAGAUGCAGAGCUUUCAGUCCUCAAAUAAUGCAAAUAAAACAAGUUCAUAUUCAUAAGGUUGUAAGAGUUCAGAAAUCAAUAUUUGGUGGAAUAACUCUGUUUUUUAAUCAGAUUUUUCAUGCAUCUUGGCAUCAUGUUCUCCUCCACCAGUCUUACACACUGCUUUUGGAUAACUUUAUGCUGCUUUACUCCUGGUGCAAAAAUUCAAGCAGUUCAGUUUGGUGGUUCGAUGGUUUGUGAUCAUUCAUCUUCCUCUUGAUUAUAUUGCAGAGGUUUUCUGUAAUAUAAUUUGGUCAAAUUAAAGAAACUCAUAAUUUUUAAGUGGUCUCUUAUUUUUUGAUGAAAGGGGUCUUAAGGGUAUCAAAACUUUUGCAUCUAGGUGUAAAUGUUAAAGAGAAUCUUUGUUUUUUAAUAAAAAGUAGUUUUAAGGUGAUGCCGUGUUGGUUAUGCAGUGUAGGAUGGAAUUAAGUAUGACACAUAAAAUGUGACUAUUUUAGUGUAUUAAAUAUUGUUUUAUGAUUAACUGACUCUCACCUGAUCACCCCCCACCUGUUUAUUACUCAUGCUCAUUAAUGCACUUUGUCCUUUCACAGAUCAUUUCACAGAAAUGUUAUUUUUAUGUGAUAGAAAUAUAGAAAAGAUAAAGUUGACGGCAAUCAGAAGAUUGUUUUGUUUGGUGUUUCUGAAUGUGAACACUUCACGCCAGCCUUGGUACAGCAGCACUAUGCUAAAGGGGGGAAAUUUAGAGAUUUUGCAAUAUUUCUGCAUAAUUUAAUCGUUAUAAUAAUAAUAAUAAAAUAGGUUAUUAAAAGUGGAUUGGUGUGAAAUUCUCGCUUUUAGAGAAACUAGCAGAAUAAGAUAUCCAGUGUGGAUAUAAAAUAUAUAUUUACCAUAUUUUACCAUGUUCAAAAUGGCACAUAAUGACAAAUAAAUACAUGGUGGUGGUAGCUUCACUGGAGGGUUUGGAUUUUUUAAACAUCAUUGAAAAGUUACUUUAUUUUAGUAAUUCAGUAAAACAAAUGUGAAACUCAUAUAUUAUAUAGAUGUGUUAAACACACAGUGAUCUAUUUUAAGCGUUUACUUCAUUUAUUGUUGAUGAUUAUGGUUUACAGACAGUAAUAACCCAAAAAUCAGUGUCUCAGAAAAUUAGAAUAUUAUAUAAGACCAUUUGGUACUUUUUUUACAGUGUGGGCAGUGUGACAAGUCCUGCUGGAAAAUGAAAUCCGCAUCUCUAUAAAAGUUGUCAGCAGAGGGAAGCAUGAGGUGCUAUAAGAUUUUGGACUUGAUAUAAUACAGUGAACCAACACCAUUUCAUUUUCCAGCAGGACUUGGCACACUGCCCACACUGCCAAAAGUACCAAUUGGUCUUAUAUAAUAUUCUAAUUUUCUGAGACACUGAUUUUGGUUUUUUUAAUUGGCUGUAAGCCACAAUCAUCAACAGUAAAAGAAAAUAAACGCUUAAAAAAUAGAUCGCUCUGUGUUUAAUACAUCUAUAUAAUAUAUGAGUUUUACAUUUUCAACUUAAAUACUAAAAUAAAAUAACUUUUUAAUGAUAUUCUAAUUUUUUGACAUGCAUCCAUGCAUAAAUAUUGCAGUAAAAGCAAACCCUUCAUCCAUUCACCACCACUGUAAAAAAAAAUCUAAAUCGAUACUUUCUCUACAAUUAACCAUUUUAAACUAAACACCCACUCUGAGUAAUUUUGUUCACAUUAAAACCACAGAUUUAUGAGAGAAUUUUAAAAUUCAGUGAAAUUCCCCUUUAAUGUAUUUUCACAUUCUCUGGAUAUAUGUCUGUUAUUAUAAUGAGCCUCAGGAGGAAACAGUCGGGUUGCAGUGAAGCUUUAACUCUUUUAAAAGCUUUUGAUGGACCAAAAAAACAAUAAAACACACAACAGAUUCUCUCCUCUUUAUAAUGGUUCGGCUUUUGUUUGGAGUUUGUUUAAUAAAUGAUUGUUUUUAAGCUACAUCUGCUUGCGCUCAAGAGAAGAAAAAAAAAUACAAUGCUGUUCAAGCUUAUAUGCAUUUUUGCAGAUGACACAACUAUAUUCAGAAUGUUCUUAUUUAUAUUACUAAUGAAAUCUAUUCUCAUGAUUGACUUGCUGUUUAUUUUGCGACGAUGUUUACAUUUUUAACCACUGUAUUUGUAUCUGAGGAUGAAGACGACGAGCAAAACGAAACAUGCACAAUUAGAUAUAUUUUCAUCUGUGAAUAAAACCACUUUGGAGCAUUGCUGUGAAUAAAAACAUGUUUGAGUAAA